UACUUUUCCGAGCAACACUUGAAGGCAGCAUCUCUUGCUGAAGACCCGAUAAACGAAACUGAAGUUUUCAGUUUACCUGCUUUUCAAAAUAGUUCGCGCGACAUCAAGCGGGACAAAACAUAGUAUAUAUAUAUAUAUAAGAAGAAAGCCAACUUUAUAGCCUGCAUCGUUAUGGCACAUUAUAGAGGUCCAGACCCCAAAAGGGAACAGUUUCGGAGAUACUUGGAGAAAGCUGGGGUUGUAGACAGUCUCACCAGUGUUCUAGUGGCUUUGUAUGAGCAACAAGAAAAGCCUAACAAUGCUCUGGAAUUUGUCAAGGAGCAUCUGGGUGCUGCAGGCGUGACUUCGGCCGACACUGAGGCUCUGCAGCAGGAGGUGAUGGACCUGAGGCAGAGGUGUGCACGUCUGACAGAGGAAAACAAAGACCUCAAAACAAGGCUGCAGCAUUAUGAACCAGAAGAUGGAGCCACAGCUGACUAGACCUCAGCAGAGCUUUGGUUUAAUAAAUAUAUGUUUUUGUUUAUAUUGCUGUCACUUUGAAUUUAAAGACAAGAAAUGUAAAUCUUAGUUCCCAUAUAGUUUCUUAGAAUCUAAGUUAUUCUGUACAUGUAUGUAUAUAAGUUUUCUUUUCUGGUCAUUCAGUCUUUAGUAUAACCUUCUCCUUCUUCUUUAGACAUGUGACCUUUUUUGAGGGCUCUGUGUAAGAAUAUAACCAAUGUGUAAACAUAUAGAAACACACACUUAUCCUUUAUUUCCAAAGGUGUGGUGUAAGUAAAUGGUUGUAAAAAGUUCAACAAUGUAAGUCGCUGGUAAAAUAAAGCACAGUCUUGUUGGA